UGAAAGUAACUAGAGUAAUAUUCCUUCAUUUUAUAUUUCCGGUUGUCUAAUUAUUUACACACUAGUUGCAUUAUUAUAAGCAAAGGCCACAGAAAGGCCAAAGAAGCUUCUUUCUUUCUGCAUCAACAAAAACCAGCAUUUUUUAAAGGGUGCACCCAACUACCCAUAGUUAGCCUACCCUCCUCUCUUCCAUCCUUUGUGCACUCAAUCAAUUAAAGCCUAUUAUCUUCUUCUUCCUUUUCAUUUCAAGAACUUCUCAAGAUUUUCAUUUUGUGUAGCUGCCUGGCUGGGGUUUGAAGUUUGAUGUCUAUACCAUUAAUACAUGACUACAUAGGCUUGUCAGAGGCUUCUUCAGUGGAAAGAAGCUCUGACAAGAUCUCCUCUUCAUCUUCCUCCUCUGGGGAUGAGAAGAAUGGUGCUAUAAACUUUAAGGAGACUGAGCUGAGGCUUGGUUUGCCUGGGUCUCAGUCUCCUGAGAGGAAAGGGGGAGUUGGGGUUUCUCUUUUUAUGGAGGAAAACAAGACUAAUGGGUAUUCCCUCAGCCCUGUGAAGAACUUUGUCUCUGGGGCUAAGAGGGGUUUUUCUGAUACCAUUGAUGGUUCUGGGAAAUGGGUUUUCUCCUUGAGCGGUGGAUCUGAGGCUGAUUUGGUUAAAAAGGGUUUGGAGAAUAAGAAUACAGAGAAUGGGUCUAGUAUGAAAGAAGUUAUUCCUCCUUCUCCUGUAAAGCCUGCUCUAGAGAAGAAGACUCAAGUUUCUCCUUCAAAUCAGCAUGCUAAUGCUCCUGCUGCCAAGGCACAGGUAGUAGGAUGGCCACCAAUUCGAUCGUUCCGGAAGAAUACGAUGGCCACUAAUUCCACAAAGAAUCUUGAUGAUGGGAAGUCAGGAUCAGGUUGCCUCUACGUUAAGGUUAGUAUGGAUGGUGCUCCAUACCUGAGGAAGGUGGAUCUGCAGACCUACUCAAACUAUGCCGAACUUUCGUCAGCUCUUGAAAAGAUGUUCAGCUGCUUUACAAUUGGGCAGUGCAGUUCCCAGGGACUUCCAUCGCGAGAUGGGCUUAGUGAAAGUCACAUAAUGGAUCUUCUCCAUGGCUCUGAGUAUGUGCUUACAUAUGAAGACAAAGACAGCGAUUGGAUGCUUGUUGGUGAUGUUCCAUGGGAAAUGUUUACCAAUUCUUGUAAGCGGUUGAGGAUCAUGAAAGGCUCCGAGGCAAUUGGGCUAGCUCCAAGGGCCAUGGAGAAGUGCAAGAACCGUAACUGAAUACGAUUAGGACUGGGGCUGGAACACCAGUGGGGUUUUAUAGGUUGGCACUGAGUUCCGGUUUUUCCACAUGCUUUUCUGUUUUAGGGCUUGUAGUAUGCCUUGGACUGAGUAUCUGUCGUAACAGGAAGAAAUAUAACUGGCGACAGUCCAGAGAUGUUUGGUUACCCUUCUGUAUCUCUCUCAAGCUACAUUUCUGUACUUAAAAAACAAUGCUGUGUAAAUGGAGUGCUUGCUAUUACCAGAUA